AUGCAGCGGGCAAUUGAACAAGCAGGAUCCAUAUUCGCUGGCUGGAUUACAUCCUGCUUGUUCUGCCUAGACUCCGGUGGCGAUGAUGAAAGCGCCCGUCAUCAGCAAGCCAUGAAGCAGAAAGGCUCCGAGAGAGAGAUGCAAAUAUGUCACUCCCAGCCUCAUCUUGUUCCUCCAAUGAGGCUAGUUGUCUAUGAUGACCUGCCUAGCCCCGGACCACCUCCACGAACCUCAUCGUUUCCCACAUGGGUGAUGGAGGAAAGUAGAACCCUCGCAGCGCGAGCCUCCAACCGGGCCAGCAUGUCUCUCAAGCGAAAGUCAACCAUUCCAGUGCGCAUCAGCGCACCAACUGACUUCAGACGAGUCACUACGUUGACCACAAUACCUACAAUGCCAACCGAAUUCUGCCCUCUGGAGCUGAGCUUCGAGAGCCCAGCCAACCCCUUGCCGGAUCUCCCUAAAUUUAAUGACUUCAAACUUGAUGACCAAACACAACCUCUAACCCGUCCACCCAAAACCUUCUCGUUUAUGACUGAUUUCUCCUGCCAAUCCCAUUCUCGAGGUCAUCGGCCUGCGUCUUCUUUCAACCUGCCUCGAAAGCCUGUUGGAUCCGGGUCCCGUCGGUCGUCAUUAGCAACUGUGGAGCUACUGAUGGAGAAACAAGCCCCCGUCAGCCAUCCUCUAAUCCCUUAUUUCUCGACACUUCUUUCUACCCCCUCUGUGGCCACUGGUCUGGCCUCUGGCGCUCUUUCUUCUCCUCCCACUUUGCCGGAUUCCUUCGUGGGUAGCGGGACUCAGUCCAAGAAUGAGCGCCGUCCUGAACCAACUUAUGCUCCCGCAUCAACCACUGCAAAGACAAGACAAGAGAAGGCCUUGCCCUCAAUCCCCUCCAAGGGGUCUCCUUCGUACGGUAGCAGCCCGUACGAUCCUCCCGCAACACCAGUGGAUAGUUGUCCCCACGAUCCACUGCUCAACUCAUCGCCAUCUCGUUCCAACCGUGUCACGCAAUGGCUCCUGCAAACCAGCAGCGCCAAGGUGACCAGCCCCCCCUCAAGUCCAUGGAAAGGCAGCUUCAGUGACAAAUUUUCCUUCCGCAUCCGCACCCGUACGCUAAGCGGAUCAACCCUCGCCCCAUCCGUCACCAGCAUGGCUCCAGGUCCCAAAAGCACCCAUCCACUAUCAAGCAUCACAACGGCGGCAACAGCAGCCGCUCAAACCUCUACUCUCGAUUCCCGAACGGAAAAGGAGCUGGAGCUGCCCAUUUCGCGUCCUUAUACUUCCAGACAGACCAUGUCCGAGGACCGCACCCAUCCUACUAUAUACGAGGGCCAACAGCAUAAAACACACUACGAAGGUCUCGAGUAUACUUCCUACAGUUAUCAACGCCACUCUGCCAUCGGCGUAGCUUAUUGA